AUGGAAACAUUAAUCAAGGAUAUGGAAACAUUAAUCAAGGAUAUGGAAACAUUAAUCAAGGAUAUGGAAACAUUAACCAAGGAUAUGGAAACAUCAAUCAAGGAUAUGGAAACAUUAAUCAAGGAUAUGGAAACAUUAAUUAAGGACAUGGAAACAUUAAUCAAGGAUAUGGAAACAUUAAUCAAGGAUAUGGAAACAUUAACCAAGGAUAUGGAAACAUUAACCAAGAAUAUGGAAACAUCAAUCAAGGAUAUGGAAACAUUAAUCAAGGAUAUGGAAACAUUAAUCAAGGAUAUGGAAACAUUAAUCAAUGACAUGGAAACAUUAAUCAAGGAUAUGGAAACAUUAACCAAGAAUAUGGAAACAUUUAUCAAGGACAUGGAAACAUUAAUCAAGGAUAUGGAAACAUUGAUCAAGGAUAUGGAAACAUUAAUCAAGGAUAUGGAAACAUUAAUCAAGGAUAUGGAAACAUUGAUCAAGGAUAUGGAAACAUUAAUCAAGAACAUGGAAACAUUAACCAAGGAUAUGGAAACAUUAACCAAGAAUAUGGAAACAUCAAUCAAGGAUAUGGAAACAUUAAUCAAGGAUAUGGAAACAUUAACCAAGGAUAUGGAAACAUUAACCAAGAAUAUGGAAACAUCAAUCAAGGAUAUGGAAACAUUAAUCAAGGAUAUGGAAACAUUAACCAAGGAUAUGGAAACAUUAACCAAGAAUAUGGAAACAUCAAUCAAGGAUAUGGAAACAUUAAUCAAGGAUAUGGAAACAUUAACCAAGAAUAUGGAAAUAUUAAUCAAGGAUAUGGAAACAUUAAUCAAGGACAUGGAAACAUUAAUCAAGGAUAUGGAAACAUUAACCAAGAAUAUGGAAACAUUUAUCAAGGACAUGGAAACAUUAAUCAAGGAUAUGGAAACAUUGAUCAAGGAUAUGGAAACAUUAAUCAAGGAUAUGGAAACAUUAAUCAAGGAUAUGGAAACAUUAACUUAUUAA